UGACCGGCGGCGGCGGGAUCAGCGAGAUUAAAGCGUCGUCGCGAAUAGGUGUCACUUCGCUUACUCGCCAUUAGCUGAACGUAGCGGCCCAAAUCGGACAAGCACACGGCAUUAGUUGAGCGUUACGAGUGCGUGCAAGCGGUGUGGUUUGAGGAAUAAAAAAAAUUCGCUCCGAAAAUAGAAAAAACUGCAAUUUCUAUACAAUUGCCUAAUUUUUACUAAUUCAAAGUUUUUUUUUUUUUAAUUUUUGGCAAACAAAGUGAAUGACCGACUGAGAAUUUAAUUUCAAACGUAUCCCAUUCGCUACAGUGUGUGUGUGUGUGUGUUCGUAGCUUUCCAUCGUGCGAAAUGCUUAAAUUAAGCAUUAUUUGCACAUUGUUCGCGUCCAUUAUUUGGCGCACUACGCCAACCAAUUGCAGCCGGCCGUCUGGUCAUGGCGGCAAUGUGAAUCAAAUUUUGGCAACGAAUAUCCAAAAUUACAUGGACACAACGGCGCGACCAUGCGAAAAUUUCUAUCAGUACGCUUGUGGCCACUGGCCGCAACAGCACAUCGAGCAAUUGGAUUUCGGCGAUACGCUCGGCCUGCUAGAUUAUGAGCUAAACCGCAAGCUGGAACAUUUGCUGCGGCGCCAGGCGAACGCCAGUGCCAUCAAUGCGGUCAGCAGCACAACUACCGCCGCCACUGCCACAUACACCGACAGUCAAACAGAUGUCGCUUCCAAUUUUGUCACUGGUGCCGCCGCUUUGCUGGAGGAACCAUACCCCAUGGUAGGCGACCUAGUUGUUGAACCACAGCCCUCUUCGUCGAGCACAACAGCUGCCAGCUCCACGGCGUCAACGUACUUGACGGAGGAUUCGGUGGGCGAACCGCUAAUUUACGAGAAAGUGCGCACCUACUACCGCUCCUGCAAGAAGGUGAAGCCGUACAAUCUGAAGAAGUACUUGCAGCUCAUACAGCCCGGCUAUGGCGCACACUGGUGCAUCUUGGCACGCAAUGGCGGCAAGAAGUGGCACGCGGAGCACUUCAAUUGGCUGAUGGCGAUUGCCAAGUUGCGCUUAUAUGGGCUGAAUGGCGUGCUGCUGAAGGAGGAAGUGCUGCCGCGCUGGGAUGACUCUAGUAGCAAUAGCAUCUAUCUGGAUAAGCCGAAUCUGGCUGAAACGGAGCCAACGGAGGAGGGCAUAAUGAUCGAGCUGCUGUUGGAUAUUGGUCAAACUAAGCGCGCGGCUAACGAGGUGGCACGUGAAGUGCACACUUUUUCACUGCGGCUGCACAAGCUGCACGAAAUUGAGGAUGAGGAGGGCGCCAAGGAGAUGCAGCUCGGCUACCUACAGGAAUAUGUGCAAGAAAUUAAUUGGCUGGAAUUGUUGAAACAGCUGAAAGGGCCCUCCACCAGCCUCGCGACGACGGUCAUCAUACAAAAUAUACCCUACAUGCGCGCCUUGGCACGUCUACUCGCCGUCACACCCAAGGAUACGCAGUGCAAUUACAUUAUGCUGAAAUUCCUGCUCUAUCUCAAGCAGCGCGGCCCAGCUGAAAUUUCCAAGCACGAAUGCAUCUCGAGCUUGCGGCGCGCCAUGCCGCUCGCCAUGAGCUACAUAAUUGGCCGCCACUACUACAAGGACGCUGCGCAGACAGACGAGAACGUGCAACAGAUUUUUGCGAGCCUCCAGCAGAAGUUCUACGAGAUCGUCAGCGACAAUCGGCUGCAGUUGCAACGCCCAAUUGUGGAUACGCUACUGCAGAAAAUCACCAGCAUGCAGCUGCAGAUAGGCAACUCGCCGCGCAAGGCUACAGCGGAGUACUACGAUGAGUACUACGAACGCGUUGAGCUCGAUCCGAACAACUUCUAUGUCAAUCAGCUGAGUUUGCUGCGCUUGGCCGUCGAGAAGAGUCACGAGAGUUUGGAUAGCGUGGUUGUCAGCAAUUUCAGCACGCCAGAAAAUGAUUCCUAUGUGCUGUUCGACUGGGUGGGCAGCUCUUCGUCGCCGUUGUACGUGAAGCCCAAGAAUUUGAUCAUUGUGCCCUUCAGUUACCUUCAAAUGCCCAUCUAUCAUCGCGGCAUGCGCGACAUCUUCAAAUAUUCGGUGCUCGGCUUCAGCAUCGCGCACGAGCUGCUGCACGGCUUCGACUCGUCGGGCAUCGACUACGAUAGCAUUGGCAACAUAAUGGGACCCAGUGAGGAGAUCGCCGCAAAUCAGCGUUUCAUGCACGGGCUGCGCUGCAUGCAGAACGAGUUGGCCACCGGCUCGCGUAGCUUGAAUGAGAAGUUGGCCGACUAUGAAGGCUUCCGUCUAGCCUACGACACAUACUUCAAUGGCAAUGUGUCGCAUGAGUGGGGCGGCGUGCUGACCAAACUGUUGCCGCAAUUUACGGACAAGCAGCUGUUCUUCAUCAACUUUGCGCAAUUCUUCUGCAGCAAAGUGCAACGUAGCCUACGUCAGACCGCCUACUUGGAGCAUGCAAUCGAUGAGCUGCGAGUUCUACAAACGCUGGCGAACUUUGAGGAAUUCUCGCGCGAAUUCGGUUGUGAGCGGCGCGCGAAAAUGCAAUCGAAACAUCGUUGUAAGCUGUGGUGAGACAAAGGAAUGAGCUGGGAGGCCAAGUGUGUUUCUUCGUCGUUGAAAAAGGCAAAAAAAAUAAUAAACGAAUAAUAGCGAAAACAAAAGAAAUCAAUAGAAUGAAAAUAAUUAAGUGAACGGGGCAAUAAAGACGAUUAGUGCGUAGACAGCGCAAGAGAGAAAUAAUGCUGCUCUCAUUACAGUACUGAUGUAAAGUAGAGAGAAAGCAACAAAAUGCUGGAACUUAAACAUUUAAUAGUGAUUGAUUUUGUUAACAAGUGACAAAGAUAAAAUAUUCAUAGAAAGAAUUUAAAACAAAAAUGCCCGACUUAUAUAUAUUUUUAGCCCAAAAAAAAAUGUAAAACUAAAAUUUGUGUUGUAGAAGUUACCUAAAAUUUUUUAGCUAAGAGAGUUGGAAUAUGCCUAAUAAAACUAUUUAUGUAGAUACAAAAAAAGGUGAAAAUAAAAAAAAUUUACUUUGAAAAUUUUUU